AAGAGGCGGUGGCAGCGCCAUCAUACCAGUGACUCGAGUGGCAGGAGUUUCGGGAACUCGAGGCGAAGGCGGGGAUUUACAGGUGGCUUCAAGGCUUGGCUUCUGCUCUGCUUCUGGGCUUAUCAACCUGCUGUGAGGAUUUUGUUUAGGUCACUUUUAUACUUAUAUCCCGUCUUGGAGAAAAUGAACCGAGUACUUUAUUGACACUUGUGUGGUUUAAGUUAUACAUUUCGAUUGAUCAGUUUUCUGAAUUUCCAAGGAGUUCUCCAGUUCUUCUCCCAACAAGUCGUUAUGGGCAAUACAAGUUUACGUCAACGAGUAUGUUGUGGAAGGCCCUGUCCUUGGCCUUUGAGACGAAGGGCGUAUCAAGAGAGUAACGAUGGUAAGAACUCCAAUGUUCAAACUGUCAACACAAUAACAAAUAUACCGCAUGUGGAUUCCAGCCGCUGCUAUGUUGCGCUUUUUGAUUACACGUCGAGAACCGCAGAAGACUUAAACUUCCAAACUGGAGACAAGUUAGAAGUCCUGGAUAAGAGUUACGAUGAGUGGUGGAUGGCUAAGGCGCUGUCAGGCAGAUCAAAGGGAAAACAGGGCUACAUCCCCUCGAACUAUGUGGUGCCUAUGCACAGCAUGGAGUCAGAGACGUGGUUCUUUCCAGACACAAAACGAACAGAUGCAGAAAAGUUGUUGAUGCUACCAGUGAAUAGCCAUGGGGCCUUCCUCAUCCGAGAGUCUGAAAGCCAGAUGGGAUCUUAUUCUCUUUCAGUUUUGGAUGGAAACACAGUGAAGCACUACAAGAUACGGUCACUGGAUAGUGGUGGUUUCUUUAUAUCAAGGCGAGUUACCUUUGAAUCCUUAAGUGACCUUGUAAAACACUACUCAAGUGUAGACGAUGGCCUAUGUGUAAGACUUCGAAGUCCAUGUGAAAAGCCAGAGACACCGCCAACCAUUGGAUUAUCCUACAACACAGUGGAUCAUUGGGAGAUUGAAAGAUCAUCUGUAAAACUAAUCAAAAAGCUAGGAGCAGGCCAAUUUGGGGAAGUUUAUCAGGGAUUAUGGAAUGGUACUACACCUGUGGCAGUCAAGACACUAAAAAAAGGCAGUAUGGAGACACAGGAUUUCCUGAGAGAAGCACAAAUAAUGAAAAUGCUGCGCCAUCCCAGGCUAAUCCAACUCUAUGCUGUUUGCACAAAGGAGGAGCCAGUUUAUAUUAUUACUGAACUGAUGAAAAAUGGAAGUCUUCUUCAUUAUCUUCAAAAGGAUGCUGGGGCUACAGUCAACCUUAAAAUACAAGUAGACAUGGCUGCUCAGAUUGCAUCUGGAAUGGCUUAUUUAGAAAUGAAAAAUUAUAUUCAUCGAGACUUGGCAGCCAGAAAUGUAUUAGUUGGUGAAAAUAAUACCUGCAAAGUAGCUGAUUUUGGACUUGCUAGAGUAUUUAUGACGGAGAAUGAAAAUGUGUAUGAAGCAAGGGAAGGAUGUAAAUUUCCAGUGAAAUGGACAGCCCCAGAGGCAAUCAGUUUAAGCAAAUUUACCAUUAAGUCUGAUGUCUGGUCGUUUGGAAUUCUGCUGUAUGAAAUUAUAACCUAUGGAAAGAUGCCAUAUCCUGGUAUGGUGAACUUUCAGGUAAUUCAAGAAUUGUCUGCAGGUUACAGAAUGCCAUGUCCAAUGAAGUGCCCACCUGAAUUUUAUGAAAUUAUGAGUGAAUGCUGGAAAGAAAAUGAAAUUGAUAGACCAACAUUUGAAACUCUUCAGUGGAAACUUGAGGAUUUUUUUGACACUGACACUACCGCAUACGAUGAUGCAAACAAUUUUUCAAAUUGAUGAAAUCCCCCAAACCCCCAAAAUCAGUGCAUAUUCAUUUGGUUUUACAUUCCGUAGUGAUGGUCAAAGUUAAGAGACUAUUGGGGCUAAGAUCUCCCCAGCCUCUUAGUCCAGAUAUAUUCAUAAAGACAUUUGCCACAUAUCUUGUGGUUAUAAUAUCCAGUCUGAAGGAUUUCUAAAUGUUAACCUGUAAUUAGUCCAAGAAAAUAUAAAGUUUUAGAAAACUGUAUGUUAGGGAGAAGGGUUAUUAAAGCUUAAGAUAAACACAAGCAUGCAGGGUCUGUAGGAACUCAGGACAAGGUAACAAGUCAUGUUAUUGACUUUAGACAUCAUUGAAAAACAUAUUUAUAAUACUAAUGAAAAACAAUGUAAAGAAACAAUUUCAGAACCUUAAAACUGAAGUGGCAUACAGGUUGUGAUUUCUUGCAGCUUUAAAAAGAAAGGGAUGUAAAGUUUUACAAGGUUCAAAAAAGAAAUCAAGUAUAUGUUCUGUGACACAAUAAACAAGGGCAUCCAAGAUGCACUUGUCAUCAUGAACUGAUGAUGAUGCCAAACUACUAAAAUGCUAGAUGCAUUGAAAUUUUAUCUUUGUGCACUCUUCCAUUAAUGUGUGAAUUUAGUUGCCCAGAUUAAUUGUUCUAAUUAGUUAUGUUCUUUAUUUCCCUAGAAAGAGCACCUCCUACUAUUUUGUUUGUGAAGUUAAUAUUAGCAUGAGCAAUGGUAGUGAUAAACUGUUUUAUGAUUUGCCUCAGUAUCAGCUGGACUGAAAUAUAUUUUGUUGUAGCCUAAAACUCUACUCACUAUAUGUCAAGACUGCGAAUCACUAUAGCAAGAUGCUGUAAAUGGCCAAAGGUUUUGCAAGUAAAUGCUUAUAGCAUUUAUUGGUUUUAUUGAAGAUUAGUAAGCUACAGUACUUUAAACUAUUUUAUCAUCUAAGAUGAAAGUCCGUUGAUAAAUAUCACUGUUAAAAUCUGGAAACAUUCUUCAGAAAGGACAAUAGUACUUUUUGCCACAUUGCCUGGAUACAUGUGGAUGCAACUUUGCACAUUAUGUUGAUUUUUAAGUUCACAUACUGAUAUAUCGAUUGUCAUAUUAUGUUUAUGUGUUUCAAUUUUAAAUAUUGUUCUUUAUGUAUAUAUUUGUCAGUUAUGUCAUGUAUUUACAUCUAAUACCGUUUCAAAAACUUUAUUUGUGUAGUUAAUACUGUUUUUGCGGAAUUUAAAGCUGUUUUAGAUGACGUUUUACCAUGUGAACAAAGCCCCACAAUAUGAGCACUGACUGAAUUAUUGCCAAUGGAUUAACUGAAGUGAACCAUCACAGUAUAUUAUACUGCAAAAGUGUUUUCUCCUUGCCAGAUGAGCCAUAGUAGUGCCUGUCUUUGAAUAAGUUCAUCAUCUACGGAAAUUCAUCUUAUAAAAACAGGUGAAGGAAGGUUUCAAAAAUAUAUUUAAAUUUACUGAGAAACUUUGUAAGGAUACCAAGAAAGAAAAAAAAUAUGAAUAUGGAGGAACAGCUCAUGUUUAAAAAUCCAAUAUUGUUUAAGUUAUUUGUUCCUUUCUUGUGACUAGUUUCUCCUACUUUUAUUUUUACUUUAUUGAAAACACAAUGUAUAAUUUGAAACCGUGUAUUAUUUCUUUUCUUAUUGUAUGAAAAGAGAACAAUUGGAAUAUCCCUUUUUCAAGACACCUACAUUGAUAACAUUAUCUGCAUUGUUCACUAUUGAUAUUGUAUAUUUUUUAUGAUUUAUUCUUUGUAAUGCACAGACAAAAAUAUCUUAUCUCCUUGAAUUAUGUGCUUGUUUGUUACAUGUCCACUUAUAAUGUUCCAUUCAGUUGUUCCUUCAAGAUAUACAGGUAGGUUUGUGAACCUGACUAAUCCAGAAACAGGGAAACUAGGGCCCAGAAGCAUACAGUGACAGUUUCAAGACAGCAAUGAAUCCCAGCAAGUUUGAAACUCCAUUUCAGUGCAUGUUCACUCACCAAUAUCUCUACACAGAACAGGAAACUGGAGUAAUUGAUAGAAACUCAAAUACUGUAUACAUAGAAAACAUCCCAAGUCCUCAGUGAGAGAGGAUGGGAUUUGGAAUGAAGAUUCUGAAACUGUCAACAAUCAGCAGCAACCAAAGUGCUAUUUUGCUUUUUCAUUUCAGUUAAGGUGUUUUUAUUUAUACCUAUGAUUUUUAAUAACACUGGUCAUUACUGCGUAAAACCUGAAUUAUGACAUGCAAUGCAGACUGCUCCUCUCAUGACUUUGAAUAGAGAAUAUCUAUGCCAUUUUUCUUACUUUAAUAAAUUGAAACACUUACAAGCAGCACAGUGAGACAGUGACUAGAUGAGUGUUUUUUUUUUUGUCAAGGUGCUCUAGUGGGUGUGGUUUACUGGAAAUUCUAUUUUGUCCAUAUUUGAGAGGGUAUGUGUCAGUUGUGCUGUGAUGGAUAGGCGUCACAUCUAGGGUUCCUUCCUGCUUUCCACUAAAUCUAACUGGAGGAGGCAGUGGCCUCCUGUGAUGCUGAAUUUGAUAAAGACAGUUUAUGAAGGUUAUAAUUACUCUUUUCUUCAUUGUUUUACAUAGAAUUUUUAUAUAUUUUUUAUUUGUAGCAUUAAGAAAAUUUAUAAGGGAGAUGUACUUGUAUGAGUUCAUAAUGUGCUGCCUAACUCAAGAAGGGUUAGUUAAAUAUUUUGAACAAGAAACUGACCAGGGCAUAAGCAAUACAGGAUCAUAAGAAAUAUUGAAGAACAAGACUCCAUUUCCCAGUGCUCCCAUCACAGAAAGAUUAACGUUUUUUUUUACAUGCUUAUACUUUGGUUAAUCCUGUAAAAACUAGACAGUAAUUAACUUAAUGUUGUAGCAAAAAUGACAACAAUGAGGACUGUGCUUGCAGGGAGAUCUCCACAUUGACAGUUUUUCUGGCAGAGUAAGCACCUAGCUUGUGAUCAGGAAUUCACUCCAUCAGGCACAAGUGCUGUAAAUAGAAAAAAUGUGCUUGUUCCUUCAUUAGACAACCUCUCCUUAAAGGUUUUCUCAGCUUAAUGUGGACAAUUAAAUGAUUCUUCAAUACUGUCAAACAUGUAAUGCAUAUUUCUAAAACCUGAAUAAACCAGACACAGGUCUGAAGCACAAUAAUAAAACGUCAUUUAGACUGACAGCUGAAGGAACUUCAUUCUUCAAUGGUAUGCUGAUAGUUUAAACCUAAUACAAGGUUUUAAAAUUCUCAGAGGCACUACCCAAAGAUAUGUUGUUGCUGUCUUUCCGCAAAAUAGUAAAACUUGUACACAUAUUAAAGGAGAACUGUAUUCAAAAAUA